UUGUAUUAGGAGGGUAUCCUUUAAGUAUCCCGUCUUGUAUAAGUCUGAGGCCGCAGAUCGCGGGUUAUCUUUUCAGUUUUUGAUAGGUAACGGCCAGCCUCGAAGAAUCUUAUGCAAGUAGAUAGACACCUGAGGCUUUCCCGCGGUUGAAUAGUGGUCAGUCAAGAAUAAUUGAUUAGUUGUACGCGGAGAACCAGAACUAGCUGAUAUGAAUCAUUGAAUCUGUGACUCAGCCCGCACCACAGAAAUGAAGCCACUUUUUUAACAAAAUAGUACCUGACGCCAGAACCUCACUUCCGUUAUUCGGACAGCUUGGUGAUCAUGUCCGUUACCUACUUAAGUACCUACAGUAGGUAGCGAGAGUACAUACUUUCCCACUUAAACAACGAUCGUAAAUACAACACAACACAAUACAAAACAAAACAACUUGACCUUGCCAAUUGACACGACAGAAUCGCUACUAUAAAGGCAUCUUCGACUUAUCCGCCUCGCUAAACACCUCCCUGCCACCCGGAGCCCAGGCGCAAUGGCCGAACCUCAAUCCCGCAUCGGCGAUGUCGAAGAAGAUGUCGUCAAAGCUAAGUCAGCUGAAGAUCGCAAAGCCGCUGCCGCCCUCGCGAACUUAGACUCUAGCGGCGACGGCGCCGAGGCUGCUGAAGUCGAUGCUGCUGCUGUUAGCAAGGCCAUGAAGAACCUGGGAACUGCUGCGUCUGCCGAGAAGAAGGAAGUCAAGAAAGUGAAGGUUGAUGCUGCCGAUGUGGCACUUCUCGUCGACGAGCUCGAGUUGACGAAACCGAAAGCCACCGAAUUGCUGAAAGUGCAUGAUGGAGAUGCUGUGCGUGCUAUGAGAGCCUUCAUCACUGUGUCGAUUUGAAGUAGCGGAAAACGAUAGACAAGUGGUUUUCGAGAAGUAUCAUGCAUAACGGGCGUCCAAGGUUUCUUUUGAAGAGUACUAUAAAAAAAAGGGAGGAUUAGGCUGGAUGGCGGUUCCGGAAACGUAGAUUUACCGACUUAGAGCGCUUUACUUCGACAACGGCCUGUAUAACCAGUCAUCGCUGCCCAUAAUCCUAUCGCACUGCUGCUCUGGUUUGUGCAUAUAGCUGGAACUGGUAAACUCAUACGCCAAUACUACCAGUGAGAAGGUGUCAGGGCUGAACAUGAUGCAGACGGUAGCUUGGAUCUCUCGGGUUGCCGCUUCCUAUUACCCACGAGAUGUGUACGCUUUGAUUCCGACGACCAACUUUUUCUAGGUUGCGUGAAAAUGGGAGACGUGAGGCGAGAUUCAGGAUCAUCAUGCGCCACCUACUUGUG